UGUUGAUCAGAUCUUUGAGUUUGACUUGUUCAGUUUUUGUUUUUUAACUCCCUUUGUUGACAAACAGAAUUUUGCUUAAAAAAAUUAAAAAAGAAUUAAAAGUCCUUGGUGUCAAACCUUUAUUUCCCUCAUCAGGGGUUUUCAGGCAGUGUGUAUACACGCUCCUGUAUGUCCCGGCUGCACCUGCCAUGUUUAAAGUCUGUUUGUAUUAAAGGCUAGUUUUUAUCUCCACUGAAAGCAGACAUUUGAUUUUUCUUUUGAAGGUGCAGAAAGUUUCUUGCUCAGCCACUCCUGGAAAAUGAGGUCACAUUCAUAAACAAACGGCGGUGAAACACCCGUAUAAACACGUGACGUCAGAACGAAGCAGGAACGGAGUAAAUCGUGCCUGUCUGAGUUUCCAGUGACUACAUGAAAAGGUCCUUUGGCCGUCACCAUGAGUAGUGGAGCUGCUGCAGAUGUAGAUGGUUUUGCUCUUGAUGGAUUCAUAAAGGAAUCGCUCCCUCUGAAUGAACGGUGAGCGCUCCGAUUGGAGGCGACUGAACCUGAGAGGCACCAUAAACACGGUUACUGAACUCAGACUGAAGUUGAUGGUUUGCAGCUGCAGGUCUGCAGUGCUGCAGCAGCGCAGCCUCGGCACAUCGUGUAAGUGUGUCAGUGCAUGAAAGCUAAACGCAAUCAAACUCAAUCAGUGAACUGUGAGACUUCAGUGUGAAACCCUUCAUGCCUGAGUUUACUCUAUAAGAAGGAGCAGGCCUGCAGACUGUGCUGCAUGUUUGGGGAUAUUUUUGUCACUGAGUGGAGCUUCUGUGUUGGGGACAAAUGCAAAAGAUUAAUAAAAAUCCCAAUGAAGGAGAAAGAUUUUGAGACUUUUGGCUCAGCCGGUGAUUUUUAGCUUCUUGCUCUGCUUCAGGGAGCUUAAAAACUUCCAUGAAGUUCAGGAAAACUUCCAGCCGCUCACUGGCUUUUGGUCCUCUUCCUGUUACUCUGCUGGCCUACAUUUGUGUAGGUGUGCUGGAUUUCCCGCUGCAGGUUGCUGGAAGGAAGAAUAAAUCUAUGUGUGAGAUGACAAACAGGCUGACGGGUGACAGUUGGCAGCAGAUAAAACUUUGAUGACAUUUUCCCGCAACUCGACCUGUCUGACAAUCUCCUGCUGCUGUUUGUAAGGUGGGAGCGGCCGUCAGCUUUAGCUACAGCUCAUGAGCAGUGGAUUUCAAAGUGUAGGGCAGCCUAAGGUGGAAAAUAUGGAUGAAUAAGGCGACUAAAUAUGAUUGUUUUCAUUUUAGACUGAUAAUAAACAAGUUUGUUGAAAUCUACUCAUAGAAAUCAUUGUGGUUUCUGAUAAAUGUGCAAAUCUAUUUUCCUGCCACUAAAAUGUUCUGUUUAUACAGUUAUUACAAAUAAAAUCAGUUCAAAUCUGAUCUGUUACAUUUUAACUGAUGCUGAAAUCAGAAAACAGGUUUGUGCUGCCACAAAGUCCAUUUCAAAACAUUGCUGCUGUGUCAAAAAUAGUGGCACUUCCUCCUGUCAGCUUCUUGUUUCUCUCCAAAUUCAGAAGAAGUUCCUGCCCCUUCUUACAAAAACUCUUUCUUAAAGCGACACUUGCUUUGGAAAGCCCCUUUACGUCACCAGAGCUGUACAAAAGCAGCCUCCCAGCUAUUCGACUCAUCAGAAAAACAAGAAACGCUUCAAGCUCACACCUACAGAGGCGUGGAGCUACCGGCACAGACUCUGACUGCUCCACUGAAAACAGCCUGCUACUCAUAAGGACGCUGAGAUGGACCAGCUGAUGUUUGCUCAGGAGAACUGGGAACGGGUCCAGGCCGUCGCCAACACGUUCGGGCGAUCGGGGAAGCUCUUGCUUCAGUCGGACCGGGUUCUGGUCGGAGAGGGCACGCUGGUAAAGCAGGGCCGCAAGAAGCAGCAGCCCAAAGCCUUCUUCCUCUUCAACGACGUGCUGGCGUACGGCGGCGUCGUCCUGAACGGCCGCUGGCACAAGAAGCUGCAGAUCAUCCCUCUAGAGGAUGUCCUGCUGGAGGACCUGGAGGACGGUGUCAGGAUGAAGAACCAGUGGCUGAUCCGCACGCCCAGGAAGUCUUUCUACGUUUCUGCCGCCUCCUACGAGGAGAAGCGAGCCUGGAUCGAGCACAUAGAGGAGUGCAAAGACAGAGUGCUGCAGAGCGGUGGCCGCAGGUCCACUGUAGCCUUUGCCAGUACCUGGAUCCCAGACCAGGCCUCCGCCAUCUGCAUGCGCUGUGCCAGCAAGUUCACCAAGACCCACCGUCGACACCACUGCAGAAAAUGUGGCUUCCUGGUCUGCGGCCCGUGCUCCAGGAAGAGAGCGCUGAUCACACACAUUGACUCAGCGAAGCAGCUGAGAGUCUGCAGAACAUGUUACUUGAGUCUGGGGGCCGCCGACGAGGUCCAGGACUCGACUCGUCAGAGGUGGGACAGCGCCGGGAAGUCAGAUGAAGACGAGCUGGAAGAGUGCAGUGAGGAGGAGGAGGAGGAGCCAGAGUUCCGUGUGGAGGAGGAAGACCCCAGCAGGUGGAUGGACUCCUGCUCCCUUUAUAUCUACAUCAGGCCAGAGCACAUUAGGCCCCAAACAUAAAGCCACCAAGGGGGCUCGGUCACAAGCACACAAGACUCUGACUCUUUGUUUCACAUGUGGACUCAGUGCUGUGCAGCUGUGUGUGGCAGCUCACAUCAUCACACUUUGUACAGACUACAUUUAUUGAUGAUCUUAUUUAUGUUUUAUGAAGAAACUGUAGCUGCUGCUCUUUUCUCUUUGUACACAAACACUACUGUGAAGCUGUUUCCUCUCAUUCUCCUCUCUCCACCAACACUCCAGUCACGUCACAGUCUGAUCGACUGUGUCUGCAUUUCUCUCAGGUUCCCGUCCUGUGUGUGUGUGUGUGUGUGUGUGUGUGUGUGUGUGUGUGUGUGUGUGUGUGUGUGUGUGUGUGUGUGU